CUUUUACCAGACGGCACACCAUGGCCCCGAGACGAGGUUCUUUCAGCGAGGCAUCUGGCGUGCUCGCCGCCGUGUCCCGGUUCUACAGGAGAACGUAUGGCCCCGACUAUGUGGCCCUCGCCGGGCUGGUGGCCGCCUACGUCUGCAUCGUCAUCUUUGUCGAGCCCUUCCACCGCAUGUUUUCGAUUUCCGACCUCGCCGUCUCGUUCCCGCACGCCGAGGCCGAGCGCGUGCCCGUGCUCAUGAACGUCGUCUACGCCGGCCUGGCGCCCCUCGCGGCCGUGGCGCUCACAAACUGCAUCUCGGGAGCGUCCGCCCACAAGCACCACGUGGCGCUGCUGGGCCUGCUGGUCGGCCUGGCCGUCACGACGCUGGUCACCGACGUGGUCAAGAAUGCCGUCGGCCGCCCGCGCCCGGACCUGCUGGCGCGCUGCAAGCCGGCCGCCGGCACGCCGCGCGACGUGCUGGUCGACUGGACCGUGUGCACCGAGACGGCGCACCACCUGCUGCACGACGGCUGGCGGUCGUUCCCGUCGGGCCACUCGAGCUUCUCGUUCGCGGGGCUGGGGUACACGGCGCUGUUCCUGGCGGGCCAGCUGCGGGUGUUUUCGGCGCGGGGGCUAGAUGGCGGCAACGGCAACGACGACGACGCGACGGUAGUGGCAGAACGCACGGUCCAGGCCCACGCGGGCAACGACCUGGGCCGCGCGCUGCUGUGCCUGGCGCCGGUGCUGGGCGCCGCCAUGAUCGCCAUCAGCCGCUGCCAGGAUUACCGGCACGACGUGUACGACGUGUGCACGGGCGCGCUGCUGGGGUCCGUCGUGGCCUACUGGAGCUACCGCCGCUACUGGCCGCGCCUGACGUCGGGCCGGAGCGACGAGCCGUACCCGAGCCCGGACGGGGCCUACGGGCGGCUGCGGGACGUGGAGGCGGGCAGAAAUAUGCGGUAGAUGUAGAUGCGGUAGGCUUUGCCUAUACACGGUAGAAUAUGGCGGCAGGCAUUAUACGACGGUGGACAAUAUAUGGCGACAGACGAUAUACGGCACACGGACCUCAUGGAUAGCGUCACAGCGAAUGGCAUUCAUCUGUCAUUGAAUUUGUUGCAAUGCAUGCGUUGCAGUGCCUGUUUGUUCCAUGUUCCUCUCCAUCCCUCCAACCGUCUCACUUGUCC